CUUCUGGUUAUCUUCUCUUCGUAUCCCCUUUCAUGAAAUGCCGUCGCUGUCGUCCGGUCAUUUAACCGGCGGCUGCUCCGCCGCAUGGUCAGCCUCUGUCACUGUCAGUUCCCUCAGUUUCCCUUUCAUGUUUAAUCUUCUUCUCACAUCCCAUUUUUGUGAAACCUCUGAUAUCAUCUUUCCACGCCAAAAUCAUGACCUCCCGUUCGACCCAAUGCUUCAACCCUCGUAGACUUCGGGAAGAGGUAGAAGGUGAUUCGGGUCCCAAAAUGGGUCGACCCAGAUUUCCCUUCUCCUCCUUUAUCUCCCCUCUUUAAAUCCGAGCAACAAUCAGAGAACCAGAAUAUAAAGAGUGAACUAGGUUGAGCUAAUCUUUAAGGUUUAUAACCUUAAGAUUUAGGCAGAGAAAGAUAAUGAACAACAAAAUGGUGACACCAGUGCAGCAUUUGUCUAUCCCUGAUGACCUCCCUGAGUUCUUUAAGAUUUAUCACCCUGAAAUAUGCUACCCCCAACUGAGAAUUCCACCUGCAUUUCUCAAGUUUUUCAAUGGAGAUAUUCCUUCGAUACGUGUGCUUGAAGAUCUUGCAGCGACAUCUUGGAAGGCGGUUUUGGAAAAGAAUGACGGUGAUUUCUUUUUCAUGGAAAGUUGGUCAGACUUUGUGCUGGAAAAUAAAUUGGAAUUUAGAGAUUUUCUAACAUUUUCCUAUGCUGGAAACUCGAAGUUUUAUGUUAAAAUUUAUGGAAAAAAUGGCAGCUUAAAGCAGGAUGUAACUGCUCUCAAAGAGCCUCAGCUGCUUCCAUUGGUUGAAAAAACUGCACAGGGGAAAAGCAUUGUAGUUCAGCCUGCUGAUCAAACAGUUAAUAGGUCAGGAGACUCGGCUGCUUUAGUCACUUCAUUCGAAGUUGUCAUUAAGGCAUCCCACUUGAAUAGAGCACGCUCGAAUUUUCCAGCUGCAUUUGGCAAUUCCUACUUGAAGAGGACGCAGCGCCCACUUGUGGCUACUCUUCGAACUGGUAGUGGUAGCUGGACGAUUGUUCCUCAAUAUUAUGAUAGAUUGGAACUUGGGGAAGGGAUGCAAAAAUUUAUAGACGAUAAUGCUUUGCGUGUAAAUGAUGUUUGCCGAUUUAAGCUGAUUGAUGAUGAGAAGUUAAUACUGAAAGUUCGUAUUAUCUGGUAGCCCAUGUAGUCAUGAAAAUGUUUUUGGAUCAAAUGUUUCUGCUUGAGAAAGGCAUGAAUAGAAGGUUGAUGUACUACAACUUUAUAUCAAUGAAUUUACAACAUUCUAUGAUA